AUGCCCGGUCCCGAGAAAGAUCGGAUCCAGCCUCCUCGCUCAGGCUGCUCUCCCGUCCCCGGGUCCCCCGCGCUUCAUGGCAGGUCCCACACCCCUGGAUACCUUGAGUCCUCCUUUUCCAUCGAGGCCAUCCUGGCGAGACCCAAGCCCCGCGCGCCCGCUGCCUCCCCUCUCUCCAUCUCCGCCUGCACCGCCUCGGGCAUCUGGACGGCUCCCUCCAGGUCUCUGGCCCCGGUUCUGCCAUGGGCGUGCACCGCAACAUUGCUGCCCGCCUACCUGAGCGUGGGGCUCUACCAGCCGCUCCCCCAGCCCCUGGCGCCGGGGCUGCGCAUGGCUCACCUCUGCAGCCUCCAGGGCCUCGGCGUCACAGGUUUGGAGUUGGGUCACUGCCCAGGCCACUGGAGUCCCCCAGGCGGGGCCCCAGCCAAGGACCUUCAGGACACUGAGAGACCCCAAAAGAGGGUUCGAACUAUGUUUAACUUGGAGCAGCUGGAAGAGUUGGAGAGAGUGUUUGCCAAACAGCACAAUCUAGUAGGGAAGAACAGAGCCCAGCUGGCAGCCCGGCUCAACCUCACAGAGAACCAGGUGAGGGUCUGGUUCCAAAACCGCCGGGUCAAGUAUCAGAAGCAGCAAAGGCUAAAACCACCAGCCAUGUCUGCCUUAGCUGCCUCCCCAGACGAGCCCUCCAGCAGCUCUGACACCAUCACUCAGAGAGAAGACGCCGAGUCAGGAGUGGGCAGCUGAGGACUGGGAUGCAGGCUCAACCUAGGCGGUCUGGCUAGCUUUUCCUGAAGAUACCCACUGGACCUCCCUGCCCCACAUCCUAACACAGAAUCUCAUCGAGGUCAAAGGGCACCAGAGGAGUGUGAACUGUUGAGAACUUUUCAAUAUUGACUCUUCGGAGCUGCGAUAAUGUAACGGUCAGGAGCACACACUUUGGCUUUCAGCUAUGAUCUUGGCCACAUUACUGAACUUCUGAGCCUUUUUUCUUCACCUGUAUGAUGGGUGUUUCAAUAAGUUAGAUCUCCCAGGAUUAAGAUAAUGUCUGUAAAGCACUUGCAGUGUGCCAGGCUCAGUGCUAAGUGCAGGUCAACUGCUAAGGCUCACAGGCCCCCUUCGCCAGGGGAAGUGGUGCCUGUGCCGGCCCUGAGUUCUCCAGGGGUGAAUCUUUUCCUGGCUUGGCUAUGGAGGAGAGAGGGCUGUUAGUUUUGUUUUAAUUUUUUUCUAUUUUUAUUUUUUAAUCCUCACCUGAGGAUAUGUU